GCAUCCAUGUCGAUCGUCGCCAAACCAACAAUUCUCUACCAUUGCUCAGUUUUAAUUUGCUUAAUUUAAUUUGAAGGCUCUCACUCUCAGUGUCGGAUCAACGUGUUCGAUCGAUCGCCGGUGGCAAACUUAAUUACGAUCGAGCUGAGUUGACUGAAUUGGUAAUGGCUUCUGCGGUGGCGGCGAGCCAUCAGCCGGCGGCGAGCGUGAUGGCGCGCGUGGACCGGCUGGACCUGGUGGUGGGGCACCUCGAGGAGAUGCGCCGCGGCGGCGGCGGCGGAAGGAGGUCGUCAUGCGGUGGCUCGCCGUCGACGACGACGACGACCGUGAGUAGUAAUGAGUCCGGGUCGUCGUCGGUGGCGAGCACGCCGAGGGGGAUGAGCUGCCGGCCGGCGAAGGAGGCGCUGGAGGAGGCGCGGGCCAAGGGCAGCCUCGUCGACCGCAUUGCCUCCCUCGAGACCAGAGUGCUCAAGAUGGAGGAGGAGAUGGAGGUGACGUCGUCGGAUGUGAGGAACACGGGCAGCGAUGAGAAGCAGCAGCGGAGUGCAGCUGGCAAUAAGAAGGCGGAGAAGAGGAAGAGGUUGAAGAGCUUGGUCAAGUCCUGCGUCAGGGGCAAACUCAACACCAACGACUGAUUGAUCCAUCUAUCUCUCACCUUUUAAUUACUUGCAGGAGAGCGCGCUUAAUUAUAUCAUCCGUUGUCACGUAUGCUGGCAUAUAGCGCAUAUAUGUAUCAUGUAUAUAAGUAUAUAUGCACGUAAAAGUUGUGAAUCAUGUACUUUUGGGAUGGUCGUUCUUGGACCAACUACUCUGUUUUUUUAAGACCUACUACCUCGGUCUGCCCCUUUUAAAUAUAGAUAAUGAUAAUAGAUCACCUCGUUGAUUUUUUUAAACAACGUUUUAUCUUUUAUUAA